AUGGGGGCCAGAUGGCGGCUGUCGGGCGCCAGGUCGUUCAACGCCGAUCCGUCCUGUUGCGUCCAGCCUGGAAACGGAAGAAAGGAAGAAAGCGAGGUAUGCAGCGACGCGACCACCGUCGACCGGGCCCAUGUGUCCGGCGAGCGUUUUUCGCCUCCUCCCGUCGUCGGUGGCCGGUCGAUCGAAAGCGUCGUAACGACCGGUGCCACCGGUGGCAACCGACGCGAGUUGGCGGCGGAGGAGGGGACAAAAAAAUCGAACUCGAAUUCGCAAAUGCAGCACAUUUUGCGGCGACGACGACGCGGACUGACUGGACUCACUCGACUCGAAUCGAAUCACUCGCCACCACAGCCACCUCGCGCUUCAGCGGUCUGUUGGUGUGUCGCCGUAGUCUGUCGGUCGGUCGGUGGGUGGACUGGCGGCGACGGACCCAGCGUGAGUUUGCGACUGGUUUUUCACACAACCGCUUAUUAUUAUCAUUGGAGUAAGAGCCGGGCUGAUUUUUGUACGUCGGCUGGCGAUGGCUGUUUUUGCUGCUUUGCACACUUCACCUCACGUCGUUUCGCGAUACCUCGGCUUGGCUGCCUCUACUAUUUCUUCAUCUUCGUUUUUGCCUCGUCUCGCCUCCUUCGGCUGGCUGCCAGUUCGGUGACAGCCGCGACCGAUUCGUUUCCCUCACGGUCAACGAUGCACUCAUGGCCAAGUUUGGACGAAAGCCGGACGGAAAGCUGCUUGCUCUCGUCCCCACCACCUUCGAUCCUCAUAUUCGAGUCUCUAACCCUCGCCAACCAAGCACGACGCGGUAACAUACUGCCAAGUUUCGAGGAAAGCCCACCCGCCACGGCCGGUGACAUUGCAGCGUAUUCGAAGUCCGCUCUACGUCAAGGCGAUAUAUCGAUCGGUUUUUCGCAUUUGGGUGAACAGCGUGAGCGCCAGGUGAGUAAAAUAUUGCUUUUGCCCGGCGAUCUCUGUCGUACUUUUGACUCUUCAUUGUCGCGAUGGUCAUUUACAGCUCGUGCGUCCCCGGCAGCAUUCCUGAACACGACUGAGGUCCAGGCUGAGACGACCAGACGAGGCGAACCGUUAGUAUGCAGCAGAGCCACUGCGGCCGCUCGUGGCUACCAGCUUCGCGACGACGAGGGACGCGAGGAUGCCUCGUCCGUUGCUCGUCCUCGCCAGAAAGACGACCGGCUCCUGGAAGGAGAAAAGUUGGCCACCAUGCAAGUAUGCACCGGUUUGAAUGAUGAGAUUUUGUCGGUACAAGGAUGGUUUGGCUUGCCAGAGGAAAUUAAAGUUGUUUGUGACGUGCGGUGGAACCCCAGGCCACUCAACCCGAAGAACGGUUGGGCGUUGGGCGUUUCGGCGCUGCUCUGGAAGCGCAGCCGUUCGCUGGUGCUGGCCGGCGUUGUUGCCUCUGAGGUAGUCGACUACCAACUGGCGGUCAGACUCCAACUAGUAGCUAAGCGCAGGCUGCACGGUCACUGUGAGCCCUGGUUUCAUCUGAACUCCGGCGAGAAUUGUCGCGAGGUCGCCGGACCUCCUCUUGAUCACGGACUGGCGGAUUCACGGUACGAGGCGUAA